CACGACCUUGGGAUCAUGACCUGAGCGGAAGGCAGACGCUUAUCGAUGGAGCCACCCAGGCACCCUAAUAUGUUUUGGGUUUUAAUUUUCUGCAGUCUUCAUAAUUAGAAAAAGAAGCGCAACUUUAGCACAAAACAAUGUUUCUUCAGCGAAAACCUGAGUGGGUGGGCAGCGCUGGCCAGGGCGCCCUGACUGGUGGUCCUCCACCUGGGGCAGUCCCCGCGGAGGAGGGCGGUGCAGGGGUGGGCGCGGCACGGCGAAGAUCGCCCGUCUUCUCAUCGCUGCCCUCGGUUCCCUCGGCGGAAGCCACGAGACUCACUGAGCGGGCGACACCCUGGCGGCGGAGGGUCAGAGUCAGGAAGAGGAGCCAGUGGGGCCCUAAGGAACCUGUUCAAGGGGGACCAGGACUAGAAGACUGGCUGUCCAGCCCCAGGCAGCAGUGCCUCCUGGAGAUAAACACAGGGCUGUGCAUACCCUCCAAGAGGACGCAGCCAGCCUGGGAGGAGUCAGAGGAGGCUUCUAGAGAAAGUGCUAUCGCAGGGACUCCCACUACAUGGAGAGUUGGACCAUGUGACCCUAAGGAUCCUUGCAGUGCUGCCUGCUGGCUCCUGGUGGCUGCAGCUCCUGCUCCUGUGGUUGCCCCUGUGGACCGAAGUGGCCUGGGAGAUGAGGCAGAGCCAGGCCUUGGAAAAGGCCAGUUUCCAGUCUGGAAAGCAGAGUGUGCCGGCUGGGUAAGGGGCUUCUGGGAAGGAGGGUUGGGGGAGGCCCUCCACCCCUACUGCUCUGCCUGGGCUGGGGGAAGGGCCUUUAUUCCUUCCUCUCCUUGGAGGCAGGGGCCACCUGGGGCAUGGGAGGAGGGGUGGCUUAAGACUGCCAGUUUCCACUUGGAAGCCCUCUUUAUUUGGCCAGGGAUGGAGAAAGGCUGGGGUCAGAGUGCAAGCAUCCCCAUGGAAACAGCAAUGAGCCUGGCCCCUCAGGGACCCUGGCCCUGGCAGGGGAUGGGGCUCCUUCAGCUAAGGGGUCUGGGCCUUACCUUUUGCAGGAGCUCUUACAGGGAGGUCAAGCCAUGAGCUGCAGUACCUGUGGCAAGGAGGAGCAGGGAGGCAGAGCAUGCUUGGGCCAAGGCCGCCCUGGGGACAAGUAGGGGAGCUUGUAUUGUGUCUUCCAGAGCUGUAUGCCCAGAGUGGGUGGUUAACAUGACCCACUGCAAGACCUUGCGACCAGGGGACUCCCCAUGAAUCUUGAUCUUUUGUUCUGUUGUUGUGGGGCUUGGCCCAGGUCCAGCAACCAGGCCUGGAGUCCUCUGGUCCUAAAGGCCUUGCCCAGCUUGGCCUUGACCUGAGAGCUGGGGGAGGGGGGUGCUGCUGUGGGAGCUGAGACAGAGGGCAGCUGAACCCCUCAAAAGGCCAGAGCAGGGUAGCCGUCCAUCAUCUGUAAUCACCUGCCUUUGAGUCCAGAAUUUUCAUCCAGAGAAAUGACAGGAGUCUCAAAGAAACCCAAGCAAGGUUCAGUCUUGGCUGCUGCCAUCUUUGGGUGGCCAGUAUCCCUCUGAGCCCACCAGGCUUGGGGCUUUGCCUCUCAGGGCCGUCGCCCACCUGCCUGAGACCCGUUUCUCAAGAACAUGCUUUCUCAGCCUGCAGUGCCAGGGAACUACCCAGACUCUACGAAUUUCCAAGCUCUGUAUGCACUGAAAUCAUUGCCACAGGGACAGCAGCCCACCUUUGGGAGCCUCAUAUGUGAGCACCUGUGGGGGUCCCAGUCACUGGAAAUACGGUCCCCACAGGGCAAGACCCUUGGAGUGUGCAGGGCUGGGGGGCUGUCCUACUGGCCAGACUUGCUGAAAAGGGCUCAGGACCUCUAUGAGACAGCCAGGCAAAGCCUGCACUGGGCGGGAAAAGACCAGCCAGUCCCAAAUAACUUUCUUCAGGAAAAUCUAAACAUGCAUUUGCAUGCUUUGAAUAAAUUUGCAUAUCAA